GAAGGAACUUGGAGGUCUUCUUGGAUUGCUCCAGGUUCCCUCUGCCAUGGCCAAGUCCAAAAAAGGUAUGGACAGCCCUGCAGACCCACCGAGAAGAGGCAGGAAGAUCAAAUCCCUUGGUGCUGCUCCAAAAGUUGGUAAACAGAGUGAUCUAGACAGCACGAAGAGCACAGGGACCGGCUUUCAGCUACUUUCUGGCCAGACAUCCCUCAAGCUACCAGGUGAAAACAUCAUCUCAGGAAAUCAUGGCUCUAUCCAGCAAGAUAAACAAGAAGCUUCAGAAACACAGAGUUCAGAGUCUGGUAAUGCCGCCAAGAGCAUCCCCACUUUGUCCUCACCUGCAGCCAGACAGGAAGGGGAUGCCCAGAGAGGGCCGGAGGAGUUUAAAGCUGUGAAUCCUGCUCCGCCACGUUUGGCUUGGAAAACCAUGGUUAGACCAGCACCAGCUCCAUCUGCUCUGAAGACAAUGAACAGAGAGAAAAGUGUGUAUGAGAGAGACGUGGAGUCCUCGCCCACACAGCAUCUCAGUUUACCUCAGGAAGUCAAAGACUCAACACAAACAGCCUCCAAAAAGAAGAAAAGAAAAAUGGGCUUAUAUAAUUUUGUUCCCAAAAAGAAACCAAAAGUGUCCAAGAAACCGAAUGUCUCGUUGUCCUCUUCAAAUGAGCAGGAGGAUUCACAUACAGCUGGCUCCAAAGGUGGGCAGAUGUCCAUUGAAGAGGCAUUCAAAAAUAGAGUUAGUUCUGAGAAACCAGAGAAGCAGACUUCAGCGGCUGAGAGAGAAACUGCAGCAGAAGCGCAUAAGAACAAGGAAAUGGAGGACCUUCCACAAGGCCACGCUGAAGAAUACACAGAGCUGCCUCUACAUGCUCUGGCUCAUGAAAGCAUGUUCACGGCAGUCCCCACAGGUUUGCCGGAGGAUAAAGAGAACAUGGAGGCUGAUGACACGUUGGAACCUCCACUGUGUAGCUGCCGCAUAGAGGCUCCGAAGAACCAGGAUGUAGUAACUCUUGCUGAGGGCAAGUGCAUGGCUGUAGAGAGUGUUGAUGGAAAGCUGAGUUUAUGUCGGAAGGUGAUUCUGAAGCAGCAAAUGAUGCGUCCCUCUCUGAGGAUUCCAUUGCUGGUGUUGUGCGAGGAUCAUCGUGCGGGCAUGGUGAAACACCAGAGCUGCCCAGGCUGUGGUUUCUUCUGCAGGGCUGGGACGUUUAUGGAAUGUCAGCCAGAUGGGAACAUCUCUCACCGCUUUCACCGGAGCUGUGCCUCUCUGAUCAGAGGUCAGGUCUACUGCCCUCACUGCGGUGAGGAUGCUAGUCAUGCUAAGGAGGUCACGAUCCCCAAACCUGACUGUGCAGUGCCAACAGCCGCUGUGCCCGCGCACAAAAGAGACACCGCCUUAAUGGACAGGGCUAAAUUGGACUCUGUCACUGUUGGUGGAGUGAUAGACCCUGCUAAAGAAUCACUGGAAAGCGUUUUAAAUGCACUCGAGGAUGGGAAGUAUAAGAAAUUGGAAGGUGUGGACCCAAAUUUGCGGAUGGACAGUGAGAAGAGGAAGACUUCCUUGCAUUGUGCUGCUGAGGAGGGACAUAAAGAGAUCUGCCAUAUACUAGUGCAGGCUGGUGCGAACCUGGACAUGUGUGAUGCUGAGCAGAGAACUCCUCUGAUGUAUGCCUGUGAGAACAAUCAUCUAGAAACAGUGAAAUACUUACUGAAAGCUGGUGCUUCUACUGGGCAUAAGGAUAUGAGAGGCUCUACAUGUCUUCACUUGGCAGCCAGAGGAGGACACACAGGUGUGCUGCAGUAUCUUGUCUCCAUGCCAUCCAUAGACGUCAACUGUAAGGAUGAUGGCGGCUGGGCUCCUCUUACCUGGGCAACUGAGAACAUGAAUCUAGAGCAGGUGAAGAUGCUGAUCUCAGCGGGAGCUGAUGUCCAAAUAAGAGAUAAGGAGGAGAAUGUCUGUCUCCACUGGGCAGCAUUCUCUGGCUGUGAUAAGAUCGCUCAGCUGCUGCUUGACAAGAGAUCUGACCUACAUGCUGUGAACAUCCAUGGAGACUCACCGCUUCACAUUGCUGUCAGACAGAACCAGCUGGACUGUGUUAUGCUUUUUCUGUCUCGAGGAGCAGAUGUAAAUCUGAACAACAAGGACGGUGAGACUCCUUUGGACUGCUGUAGUGUAAAUUCCAAGAUGUGGACAAUCCUCAACACCAAUAAGAAGCUGACAGAUGCUAGGAGAGGCAGAGACAGCCUUAGAGAAAGACUCCUCUGCAGAGAUGUGUCCCGAGGCUAUGAGGACGUCCCUGUGAUGUGUGUGAAUGGGAUGGACCAUGAGCCCUGUCCCAGUAACUUCAAAUAUGUUCCAGAGAACUGCUUUACCUCUCAAGUGAAUAUAGAUGAGAACAUAACACACUUACAGCACUGCAGUUGUAAAGAUGACUGUGCGUCAGGCAGCUGUAUCUGUGGCCAGCUCAGCAUGCGCUGUUGGUAUGACAAGGAUGGCCGCUUGUUGAAAGAGUUCUGCAGGGAUGAUCCACCCUUCCUGUUUGAGUGUAACCAUGCCUGUUCCUGUUGGAGAACGUGCCGAAAUAGAGUGAUACAGAAUGGCCUUCGGGUCAGACUGCAGGUGUUUAGGACUGAGAGGAUGGGCUGGGGGGUCCGAGCACUGCAGGAUAUUCCUGAGGGAACUUUCGUAUGCGAGUUUGCAGGUGAAAUCAUUUCAGAUGGGGAAGCUAAUGCUCGGGAAAAUGACUCGUACAUGUUCAACCUAGACAACAAGGUUGGAGAGGUCUACUGCAUUGAUGCCCAGUUUUAUGGUAAUGUUAGUAGGUUUAUGAAUCACCUUUGCGAACCCAAUCUAUUCCCGGUGCGGGUGUUCACCAAACACCAGGACAUGCGCUUUCCUCGAAUUGCACUCUAUGCAAGCAAGGCUAUUCAAGCUGGAGACGAGCUUGGGUUUGACUAUGGUGAUCCCUACUGGCAAAUCAAGAAAAAGUACUUCCGUUGUCAGUGUGGCUCUGCAAAAUGUAGAUACUCUGAGACUGUUCCGGGCCAGAACCACGCAGACAGCUCAGUCCGAGCGCUCAGUGAUCAGACCGUUGCUCAGGUGGAACACAUCCAGUCAGCUAACACAGCUAUAGCAAUAACUCAACCCUGAGCCCUGCACACAAACAACAGGAUAUGCUGAGACCUUUUGUGUAUAAAUAUGGUUAGGAAUGCAGUGCAUUAUUUCCUGAAUCUCAGCUCCAAGGAAGGACAAUUUAUGCAGAGAUACAGCAUCAUUUAUUAUUAUCACCAUGCUGUUGAGAGCAUUUGUAAUAAGACUUUUAAUCAAAGGUGUUUUGGGCCUUUUUUUUAUCUGAAUGCAUGUCUCACAAAGUUUUUAUUUUAGGAUGAUGGUGAGGCUCUAUAAUUGUAUGAGAUAUAGGCACUAGCAUAUUAGACUUUUAUACAUUUUUAAGCAUCAGCUAUUAUAUACUUGGUAUAAAAACAGGCUUUUUAGUUGAUUAUCAUAAGCAAAAAAGAAAGUAGUAGUAGAAGAGAUGGACAAGUUCUGCUGGCUUUUUUUUUUUACGCCGUCUUCUCAGGAGCAAAGAUCAGGGCUGUUUUCUAAUCAGUUUUUCCAUGUAUUGAAAUUUCACUAGGAAAUGGUUACAGAAUUUUAAAUAUCAUGCCUGUGAAAAAUAAAGCUUUUAGUGAUGUUUUUUAAUUU